UUCAACAGAUUUUAUGUUAUAAUGAAUAUGACAUGUCAAAAGCGAUUAGAUGGCGGUUAGACUGACAAUUUUAAAUGGCAAAGCCUUAAUAAAUAAAAUAUAAUAAUUGAAGAAAUAUCCACAACUACGUAAUCUAAUUAAUAUGGCUACGUCAAAACCUCUGCGGCUCUUAGCUGUAAAAUUAGGUUUGGCUAACGAAGUAAAAGUUCUGAGCAAAGCUGCAGAAUUUGAACGCUUACUUCAAAUUAAAUCUACGCCAGGGAAUAACUUUUCAGACACAAGUAAAAUUGUAAUACUUCUGGAUUUGGCAGCUUCAGUGCUUGGUACUAAUUUUGAUCAAAAAACUGCAGUUAAGUAUUCAGGGUUAAAAGGACCAAGCUAUAGAAAUUCUAGAAAGGUGAUUGAGAAUUUACUGGAGAUGAACAAUGAGAAGCUAUCAAUAUCUGCACUGUGCUUAAACCUGCAGUGUACCGAAGUACAGGAUCUUGCUGAAAGCAUCAUGAAAGAAUAUGAAACAAGCGCUAAAGUGGAAUUGGAUUUGACAUUACCCCAGUAUGUUUGUAUGGCAGUAUACCAGGCUUGUAGGAUCAAUAAAGUAAAGAUAACAAAAUCUAAAUUUAUAGAAAAAUCCAGACUAAAGCCGGGGCAAUGGAGUGAGUUGGAUGCAGAGUGGACUAAAAUUGUGGAGGAAAAGUUUCUUGUUGUUAAAAAAAGGGGACGACCACCCAAAGUUCUUAUUGAAAAUGAAAAUGAAAUGGACAUAGAUGCAAGUCCUGUAAAAGAGACAACGGAAACAAAAAUAGAACCUUAUGAGGAUUGGAAACGACGAAUGUUAGAACAAGCUUACAAGGAGUUGAGAGAGUUAGAGAAUAAAAAGAGAGUAGGUAAAAACAGGGUUAGUUUUAGUGAAGACAAUCAACCCCGAAGAUCUUCAAGAAUGACACCACAAAAAUCAUCAGGAAUGACACCACAAAAAUCAUCAGGAAUGACACCACAAAAAUCAUCAGGAAUGACACCACAAAAAUCAUCAGGAAUGACACCACAAAAAUCAUCAGGAAUGACACCACAAAAAUCAUCAGGAAUGACACCACAAAAAUCAUCAGGAACGACGCCACUAAAAUCGCCAUCUAAACAAAGAACUCCGCAAAAGUUUUCGCCAUACAAAAGUCCGGAGAAAGCUAAGCUAAGGCUGAAUUUUCCAAAAAUUUGAAACGGAAAAUUUCAGCUAAGAAAUGCCUGGAUAUUGGCCUAAAACUUGAAUAUUUAAAAUUUUGUUAGUAAACCUAAGUAAAUAAGUAAAAACUUCUGUUUAAUACUGUGUUUUGUAUAUUUAAGUAUUUUUACCUAAGACAUUGUUAUGUUAGGACAUUU